AAUUGCCCACGUCAGUUCCAACGGUUGUGGGCUGGUGUGAGCGAUGGUUGCUGAGGAUGGCGAAUCACUUGGUCGAUACGCGUCAUACGGGUUUGUACUGUCCUCGAUGUUGCAUGCGACUGGCAAGGACGAGUUCAUGGCUACGUCAGAGGUAUACCGAUGGAAACUCCGUUGCAUUCGUACGAAGAUACGCCACCAGCAGUUCGAUGACGAUGUGAGCUUUCUGCGCGACGUGCAGGUGCUGCUGAUGUGUGUGUCCUCCCAGUUGGUGCGAGAGAGUCUUUCAUGCAAAGUCCUAUCGUCCAUGGCAACAGUGGGUCUUGGGAACGAGCUCCCUGUGCCAGAGGCCAGACACAUUCCAAACAAACACGUCCUCGCCACAGGUGCCACCCCAACGAUGCCACUACUGGACAGCAUCCUACGUCGUGAUGUUCAAUUGGCCCUCAAGCAAAAAGCGUACAGCGCAAGUGCUCUCCAGGCGUCCAUCGCAGCUCUGGAGGCGGUAGAAUCCCCGAGACCUUUGGACCUGUCCAAGGUCCAUCCGUCGCUCCUCCGUCGAACGUCGUCAAUGAUCAAACCAAAGAAGCCAGCCGAUCCGUCAACGAGAAAACCAUACGUCGACGGCAGAAGAGUCUACAUCCCGUUGGAACCCGAGAUCUCGGACAAGCGGGAGCUCAAACUGUUGCAGUCUCGGCGACCGCAAGUCGAAGUCAACAUGUGUCCGCAUCUCCAAGGGCAGCUCGUGACAGUGUACUCCGCCAAGCGUGACCGCUUCGUCAGCGACCAAGCCCUGGGGGAGCUGCGGGAUGGUCGCGUGUACGACAUUCCGUCCAAGCGGUUGCUGACACUUGAACGUUUCUUUGCGACGCAUGUGAGGGCGAAUCGAAAUGGCCGCCCUGCCGCCCAACACAUUUGCCUCCUGGCUCCAACUCGACAAAGCCUCGACCUGCACCUCUUGGCAAGUGUCUUCGAACGUGUUUCGGCUCAUGCCAAAUCUCUAGACAUGCGAUCACUACGACGACUGCCUCGACGGGGACGUGAGCUCCGACGUGAUCACCGACGAGGAUGUGCCGCUGUCCAAGUUGCUGGAAAUAGCCCAACAGACAGGGAUCGAAGAAGAAGGUACCACCCCGACGAAGAAGCGGGGACGAAAGCCCGGUCCAUUGAAGAAGGCUCUGGACACGUCGACGGAAAGUGUGCGAAGGACGUCGAAGCGUCGGUUGGACGAGCCGUCGCCGCCUCCUCGGAAGAGUGCCAGGUCCCAGGUACAGUAUGCUGCUGCUCCUGUUCUUCCUUGGGCAAUGAACGAGACUUGAUAUAUUGCGGCAAAUGUAGAAGGACGUCGUCGAAACGGCGUUGCCGCGAAACGGCACUACGAAACCUCAUGUACGGCGUAAGCUACGAAAUGGCUUUUGAGGAUGCCAGGGUUUAGAAUACUUAGUCAAAAUAAUAAUUAAACAGAAAAUAGUAUAAUCCGUCGCCAAG